GACGGCAUCCCGAUGUUGGCAGGCGCACCCGUACACUCUCCCUCACUGAAGAAUGAGAGAAGAACGACGGCAGCUUCAGUCGGCACGCGGCGUCGCGACGCAAGCCAACCUAUAUACAUCGUACUAAAUAUGUACUCGUGUACUCAUCAUUUAGUUUGGAGUUCACAAUUAGUCAAACCGUCGAUUUUUCUAAUAUAAAUCACUUUGAUAAGUCUGGAUUACUGAUCGAAAAAUGCGUGGAAGCUGAAUAUAGUGGAAACAAAGCAUCAUGAAUCGGCGCCCCAAUCUUUCCUCAUCGGGAAGCGAGCGGAUGUAACAAAGUUGCAAGAAAAAUGAGUGCGAGUGUUAAAUGGAAUAAGUUUCGAAGAACGUAUAUCAUAUAUUCCAUAUUUAAAUCAUUUCUGUUUCUCGAUUGAUGAAUAUAAAGCUCGACGUUACGGCUGAUAAUAUUUUUUCAACGGAUCAAAUAUUUUGAUUAAUUGUAACGGCAAAUAUACUUUAGUCACGAAUCUCGAAAGUUUCUUCAAUAAGAUAGAAAAAUGAAAGUUAUGAUGGUGCCGCAGAAAAUUGUUUUUCUCAGAUAAUUUAAAAUGUGAAAUCGAUGCUCGAAGAUUAUGACCGCGUUGCGUUCUGGUUGAUGCAUUUUAUUGUCCCGAUGAGAUGAUCGAAUUGUUAAUAUAUAAUAAUAUGAUUCUUAUGAAGAAUGCUUCGUUUACUUCUGACCAGCCAAUCGCAUUAGGGACGAACAAUUUAAUUUGUUCAGUCAAUCGUUCGUGUCUACUGACUGAGCUGCGAUAGCUGCAGUGGCAGCCUCGAAGCAUUGCGGGCAUCAUGACUCCAUUGCAAUAUAAAGGAGAGCGCGUUUACAAUGAGAAAAACUUGAUCCGACGGAAAUCGCAUAGCUGAAGAUAAGUGUGAAUUCUUCUGUUGCUGUGAAAGCGACAAUGUCAACGUUUGCCACAGACACGCUGCUAUCGUCCACUACCUUUGCCGAGGAAACGACCACCCUCAUACCCACUGUUAACAGGAUUGACACACGGUUGCAGGACAUCAAUCCUGUCUCGGUGGUCCUGGCGGUUUCCAUAGUGUGCAUUCUCUCGCCUAUCAUCGUUACCGGUAACUCCAUCAUCCUAGCCGCCUUCUAUAGGUACAAAAGACUCAGGACCGCUUCCAAUUGCCUUUUGGUUUCGUUGGCCAUUAGCGAUUUCGGGAUCGGCGUGUUUAUGCCAAUUGGGAUACAGCUGGAGCUGUCAGGUCUACCGGAAAACGGCGUUUCCGCUCUUUGCAUCGUGCCAUAUUGCAUUGCGAUCGCGCUCUGCAGCGUGAGCAUCCUGGUCACCGUGGCCAUCGCGGUAGACCGUUUGACUUCAUUAGCGCAACCGUUGCGAUAUAAAAACAUCAUUACCCACAGCAGCGUAGAAAAGUACAUCGCGGUUUUUUGGAUAUAUGCGAUCGCCGUUGGCCUCUCACCUCUUAUUUAUACUCAAAUCAUCGGAGGGAUGCAGUCGCAUAGUGGAAAUUGUAGAUUCGAUACGGCCGUGUUACCACCGGUCAGGAUAUUUCUGGUCGUAGCAGUUUGGGCACCGAGCGCCUUAGUUCUAGUUGGUUGCUACAUGUAUGUCUAUCUUGUUGCGCGUGCACAUGCACGCGCGAUUUACACCGUAGAAUUAACGUUCAGACAUCAAACACAGACAUUGGCAUUGCCUCGUUACGGACAGACGUUGGCAGUUACGGUCGGCGCGUUUCUUAUCCUGUGGCUUCCAUUCCAAACUUGCAUGCUGGUGGAUAUUUUCUGUGGCACCAACAUUCUGUCGGACUGGACAGUGGUGUGGCUGGGUUUACCGAUCCUUGCGCACAGCGGUGUGAACCCCUGGAUCUAUGCUUUUCAUCAUGGUGAGAUGCGCAUCGCCGCUGGAAAAAUUGCCGAAGAUCUGGUCGCUCUGUUUGGUGUGACACCAGGCCGUUACGGUUGCUCGCCGAUAAGAUGCGGCACCAACACGAACCUUGAAUUGGCCGAAGUGAAUAAUGAAGAGAGCAACGAAAAUAGGCGACAUUCGCCCAUAGAGAAUUGUUUUGCUGCCGCCAAGCACCACAACGUUCUUUACAGCAGAAGAUGCCUGGAAACAUCGGAAAGGCACACCGAUAUCUCACCCGAGAAGCAUGACAUCGAACACGUUGCAUCAUACAGCAAUCAACCGCCGAGCGACAUCAUCGAAGAAAACGUGGAUCAUCACGACCUGACGAAGAUGCUCGAUCCAAGAUAUAUCAUUGAUCGGAAUCACGUUAUCGACUCCAAUCACAAUAUCGACAAAAUAAAAAAUUUCAAAUAUUUGCUGGAUCCAACCUUUAACAAAAUCCGGCAUCUCCGACGAUUGAAUCACAAGCGAAUAAACGGGAAAAAUUCACUGUUGAUUUCCGAGCCGAAAUUUAUAUCUUAUCAGAACUUGAAGAGCGACGGUGCACACAGCAGUCGUAAGCUUCUUCAGCUGAAUGCCCUGUCGGAUCCAAUACUAAAUGUUGAUACUACUUCUAUAGUAGACAUGAAGAACUCGAACCAAGUAAUGUGCCGCGUAAAUAACGUUGCCUAUCAGAGACGAAAUCCAAAUUUGUCGACCAUGUCAGAUUCGAAUCUCGGAGCAGCAACAGCCGUGCAUGCUUCUGAGGCGGGCACGAGGCUCUUUCCAACGAGUGACAACAGUGCGGAAAGUCGCGGCCACUCGGUGCAAAAUCUUAAUCGCGGAUAUGAGGGCGCGUUAGCAAGGCACGCGAUGAUGCUCUGUCGACAGAUGGAGGAUCAACAGAGGAAAAUCUCUAGCAAGACUUGUUCCCGUCCACGACCUAAGUUCCGCGGCUAUUUCGGACAUGUGAGUCCGAAUCUGAAGUACAGGCUGCGAAACGGCUGUUGCUCAUCCGCCUGCGUCUCAUCGUCAUCGCGGGCGUCCGAUAACGUCAGACCAAGCUACGAGGCGAAUGCAUCGAAGCAAAGAGUGUCCCCGGCUGCAGGCGUUUCGCAGCUAACUAUCACGUCGAACAAAUUAGCCAAUCUCAUUGAUCUAGACCUAGACUCACCAUUGAGAAAUGCACGCACAUCCGCGACGCACAUGAUCAAUUUUACUGCCAGAACCGUGGCGCAAACACAUUAUAGGAAUUUGGAGGUGUUGAAGCACUCCGAAUCGAUUAACGCGAUCGGCGAUUCGACGACGCAACGUCGGAUUCUAUUGGAGCCUUCCAACUUGAUGGAUUCAUUGAUUGUCCCGACAAUACGCUCGGAACCGCCGAGUCCCAUAGAUCCUCUUCCUUCGGCGUCUCCUCGGGCCGAAGAAUUAGCGCAGAAUCUCAAGAUCCCAAGAUCCGUCGUGGCCGCGGACGCCGUCAUCGCACAAAAUCGACGGGCUAAACUACCUUUAGAUAAAAACAGUAGCAGUCCUGUGAGACAAUCCGUUCCUACUACAGUGGCUACAGUACCGACCGUGUUGCUAAAUAUCGAGGACUUGAGCGAAUCGACCGGACAGGCCGGUGACAAUCAGAUUCAAAUUCAUCAGAGUCAAAGGAGCGACUUUUCUGCAUCUGGUAAUACAACGUUGGAGCCGAUCGAUCUUUUCGAGGCACUGCUGAGGAAUUCGGACAAAGCUGGCAAGGACAUGAAAUUACCAGAACCCAUCUUUGCCGAGCACGAUUCCACGAGGUUCAGCUCAAGACGACCAUCUGAUUCAAAGUGGUCUGAGUCUUCCAGGAGCCAAGAAGUCUUAUCAAGCACGAUGGAACACCGAGCUGCAUUCCCGUCGUUUUAUUCGGUCAACGACUUUCAGACUUGCAAUAGCGGCAGCGAUCUCAACGAUCUCACGUCCUUGGAUCCGUUCAUGUGUCCUGAUGCCUUGACAUCAUCCUUGCACGAAUCCUUCUUUAGCGCGCCGUCCAUGCCCGAUUCGGACAUAUUCACGUCAUUCGAAGAAAGCGACGAGCCGGUCUUUACGCCUGAUUCCGAACGGGACACAUUGCAGGCAUAUAAUUCGAUGUCGACAGUAAAUUUGAAGAGAUGUGUCAUUGAAGCGGCUUUCCAAAGCAAAUCUACGGAAUCGGUGCACCGCGUCAAGUGUCCUUCGACACGAUCCUGCACGAUACUCAGACUAGAACCAGCCGUGCAUUCGAGUAGAUUGAGCAUCAGACCUUGUGCGAAUUACAUCCUGAAGGGCCCGACAAUCAAGAGGAACUCACGAUUGGCACCCCUUGCCAUCCCCACACCCACUGACAUCUGCACUCCAACGUUUGACGUCGUAUCGGAGAUCAAAAGUGAUAACGCCGGUAUCGGCGUCAGAGUUUAAAUUUAAAUUAAGUUCACAAGAUAAAUGGGAGUUUGCAAAUUUCCUCGCGUCAGCUGCAGUUUGCAUAUCUAUAUUUGCACAAGAAACAUUUAUCACAGUCGCCAUUUAUCGAACUUUAUUCUCAAAAGAAUUUGAAAACCUUGCGGAAGUCUCUAUAUUAACUCCAGGAUAAAAAGAAUCCGAAUACGCAGAAGUUAAGGUAUAUACGCAGUUUUUAAUGUUUUUAUAUGCUAAAUCGCAUAUGCGCUAUGAAUUGGCAAAUUAAAUAUAAUAUAAAAUGCUAUUGCCAAAUGAUACGUCACGUGAUGUGUUUAUAAUUAUUUAAUUUCUUUUUUAUUCACAAUGUGCUAUUUGAUGAUGCAACCAAGUUGCUCGUGUACAUGUAAUUUGUUGUUAUACAUUUCUUCGAAAGAGGCAAUAUUUGCUUUAAACUACUUAACAUGUAUGACUAUUUGUACAUAUACAACUCUUUUAUUUACACUUUUAUAUUUUUUUUCAUCUUUUACAAUAUACUUGAAGCUUUUUUCUCUUAUGUAGAAAUAUAUCAAAGUAUAGUUUAUAUUUUUAAUCUUUGAAAUAGUUGAAAUAAUUAAUCUAAAUAAUUAAUUUGCAUCAAAUAAGAUCAUAUCCUUGAGAACUCGGCACAUCGUUUUGUUGAAGCUCGAUGCUUCUUCGCUGAAGCUUAAUUUUGAAAGUUCGGUGUUCUUAAUUAAAGGCGCGCGGUUUUGAUUAUCAGAUAUGUAUGGCGCUACAUAUACUAUAUUCACUAUAUUUUCACUGUAUAAAAGCCUUAUUUAUUACGCUGUAGGAAAUCAUGAAAGAAUUUCUAAACUAAUUAAUAACCAAUGUGCAGUCUAUCACAUUGGACUCUUUGACUCUGCAGGAGUGCAAAGCGUUUUCAAAAUACACUUUUGAUGUAAUAAGAAAAUAGCUAAUUAUGAUUAGUGUUGCUUUUCGAUCAACUUUUCACAAUGACCGUGUUUUAAUAAACAAUGUUUGAUGUAAAUAAGAACGAUGCCCAAUUUAUAUCAUCGAACAAUAAAUCAUCAUUUUAUCUAAAUGAAUGAUAUUUAAUAAUUUAAGCUAAUAAUUUGUUUAUUCAUUCGCUCGAGUUUUUACCAAUAAAUAAUGUUCCGCCUCAAAUACGAAACGUUAUUUGUCGUAUAGAAGUAAGAAAAAAUUCUCUAUGCGAUUCAAUUGUAUUAUCUGAUACGUUACACACAUUGAUAUGUAAAUAUGAAUGCGCGAUUGCGAUUAUAUUUUACGAAUCAAUUUCUCGUAAUCUGAAUCAAACAGUUAUUUAAAAGUUUCGCACAUCUCAUGUGCCAAACAAAUUAAUUAUAUUGAAUUUUAAGUUUCGCAGGUCAUCAUAUGCCCGUAUAUUAUUGCUCGUGUACCUGAUGAAAGAUUAUAUAUACAUAUACGUAUGCACACGUAUACACACACGCGCGCGCGCGCGCGC